UGCCUGUUCUCCAAAGACCCCGCAGCCUUUCAGGAGGGAGCCCGCGCGCCAACCUCUCCAGCCAGCUCCACCGGCGAGUCCCUGCUCCGCCCGCGCACCCGAGGAGCCUCCCUCCCCGCGGCGGGGCUCCGCGCCUCGCCACCACCAGCGCCGCGCACAGGACUGUCCGGCAGGCCCGCCGCGGCGCUGGCUCGAGGAGGGAUGCUGCGAGGGCAAGAGGCGGCGGAAGGGCGGCAACAGGCGGCGUAGGAGAGCAGGCAGCCCCCGGCGGGACUGGCCGGGCGAAGAGGGGAACCACAGGCGCCCUGGGCAGCGGCUGGGCACCCUCCCUGCCCCGGCUCUGCGCCUGCCCCAGCGCCAUGUGACUGACCCGCUCUGUGCAGCCCAGGGCAGAACGUCGGACUCGGUCCCCGGAGCAUUGACCCGCCCGCCCAGGCUGACCCCAGGCCCCCUUGUGCUCGCUGGGGCUGCCCCCCUCCGCCCGGCCGCCAUGCGCUGAGAGCCGCCGGCCCGCAGCCCUGCUCCCAUGGGGAGGGGAGCCCAGGCGGCGGCCGCUGGCGCUGUGAGGGCGGCGCCCUGCUUGGCCGGGGCACCAUGAAGUCCCUGCUCCUCAGCCGCUUCCUGCUGCUGCUACCCUGGGGGCUCAUCGUCAUCCUCCUGCUGGACACGGACAGCAGCCGGGCGCCGCCCGCGCCCCCGGCCCGGCCCCCGCAGCAGGCGGGCCCCCGGCGGCCGGCGCUGCCCCCCAUCUAUGCCAUCACCCCCACCUACAGCCGCCCGGUGCAGAAAGCCGAGCUCACCCGCCUGGCCAACACCUUCCGCCAGGUGGCGCGGCUGCACUGGGUCCUGGUGGAGGACGCGGCCCGGCGCAGCGAGCUGGUGAGCCGCUUCGUGGCGCGGGCCGGCCUGCCCUGCACCCACCUGCACGUCCCCACCCCGCGCAGGUACAAGCGGCCCGGCCUGCCCCGCGCCACCGAGCAGCGCAACGCCGGCCUGGCCUGGCUCCGGCAGCGACACCAGCACCUGCCGCCGCCGCAGCCCGGGGUGCUCUUCUUCGCCGACGACGACAACACCUACAGCCUGGAGCUCUUCGAGGAGAUGCGUACUACCCGCAAAGUAUCCGUGUGGCCUGUGGGACUAGUGGGAGGUCGACGGUAUGAGCGCCCUGUAGUGGAAAAUGGGAAAGUUGUUGGCUGGUAUACUGGCUGGAGAGCAGACCGGCCGUUUGCCAUUGAUAUGGCAGGCCUUCAGACAGCUAGCUAUCAUGCAUGGCCCAGGUGUUCAACAGUACUGGCUGGGCUGAUGUGGAGAGAGCUGGAUGUCAACACUGAGCAGGAGGGAGGCAAUAUGAAAUCCUGUGAAACUCCACACAGCAGCAGUCCUAGGAAUGAAAAGUAAUUGCCUAACACAACCCUGUGGAAUUACUCAAUAAGGAAAGAAUGGAACUGUCCAAGAGCAAGCACUGCCCUGACAGGUACUGCUAAGCAAUGUUCUCCUGCUUUGGUGCACACACACAAGCCUGGAAUUCCUGGCUGGAACCACCCGAAGAACUACUUCAGUUUCCAGCAAACAAGUAAAUCCACUUAGAGGGCGAUAGAGUAAAAUGGAAGAUCAUCAUCAAAGUAACACCUGGACUAAUUUUAGAGAAGCUUUAGAUGUCUGCUUUACAAAACUCAUGAUGUCCAUCUGUAACACACAAAGAAAAUGUACAUCCUUGGAUAAAAAAAAAAGGAGAAUGCUUCUAAUUGAAGCAGCAUUACAAAACCCUGUUACCAACAUAUCUUCUUUAGUAGUGCUGCCAUGACAGUACUCUCUGCAGUCUGCAGUGAAUUUAAGCGCUUAGCUUGUGAAUCUCCAAAGCUGGAUGGACCUGAGGCUGCUGUUGUAUCCAGACGUGGGUGGAGUGAGCUGUAGUGUGAUGUUCUACUGAUGGGCAUUCCCACCAUGGAAAGCCCUGGGACAUUUCUCAAAGAUGCUAUUUUCAUGUAUUUUGCUUAGAGGCUAAGCCAGGGAUGAAUGUUUUCAGUGCCAGAUUUAUUUAUUUUUAAAACCCUAAUCUGCUCUUUAAAAGAAGCUGUCCUGCUGUGGAAUGAGAUGGGUUUUUUUGCAGGGAGAUAAGGGCUAGGCUGAAGCCCAUAACCAACAUUAAGGUUUU